AUGAUCUGCAAGAAGUGCUUCGACGACCUGGUGCGCGCCCGGCUGAAGUGCUUCUGCGCGGAGCCCGUCUCUUUCGCGCCGGGCGCCGCCUGGGUGCCCAUACAGACUCAGCAGGAGCUGGACGAGCUCCGCCCGCGGUCGAGGCCCUCGGCGCCUCAGAGCGGGCGGGCGGCCGCCGGCGCCUCGGAGCCGACCCAGCCGAAGACCAGGCUGCUGCCGCCGCACGAGCCGAGGACGCUGCUGGACGAGACUGCGGCCCCGCCGCCGCCGCGGGCGCGCCCAGCGCCGCGGCCGCCCGCGAGGAGCGCGGAGGCGCGGGGACCCGCAGGAGCCCGGCGAAAGGGCCGCGGGCUGGGGGCCCCGCCGCACCAGGGCGGGCGGGCCGCCGGGCUAGCGCAGGGCCACUCCCUGCGCGUGGCCGACCUCCGCGCUGAUACUGGUAGGACGCAUACGGAGACCAACAUGACACUCAAGGACGGGCGCCCCGCUGGCCAGAGGCCCACCUGCGGCGAGGUCGGCGAGGGGGUGUCGACAGAAUGCCGCCAAGCAGCCUACCUAAUCUUUUUUCUUUUGUCGGCUCUGGAGCUGGCCUCGGGCGGCCGGUUCUGCGUUGCGCUGAGCGCCGUGGCUUCGAGGGCCCCCCGGUCCAUCCGCGAUGUCGAGCGCAAACAGCUGGCCGGGGGGGCUGUCGCGGCCGAUGCGAGCCCCCGGGCCGAACGUGUUUGGGUUGACAUAGCGAAGUUGUGCCGGGCCUCGGAGCGCGAUGACCUUCUGGAUGUCGUAGUGGGGGAGAUCUCGACCUUCUUCAUCGAUCCAGGCGUUCGCGAGGGGUUCUGUGCGCUAGACCCGGUAUUCUCCGACGCAGGGUGCCAGGACACAUGGUUCCUCCUCCAGGUCUUCAACGAGGGUCAGUGGUCGUGUGUCUCCGAUGGUCUCAUGGGCAGCUUGUUGAUUUGGGGCUUCCUGAAGGGGUGCGAGAAGAUGCUGUGUUCCAAUUUGUGCCCCAUGCUGACGGGAAUUGUUGCGGGGGGGUCUUUGCUGCUAAGCAACAGCUGUACGUUCGUAUUCGUGCUGGCCACGGUGCUCGUAGCGUAA